CUUGGAGAAACCUGCUGCCAGUUAGACCAAUGGUCUGAUUCAGUAUGAGGCAGCUUCCUAUGCUCCUACGCAAGACCAGCCAGGAACAACAGAGAGACAAAAGGAUGGAGCUCCUGUUGGUUGCCACAACUGCCAUUUGUUUAUUGUCAGCUUUUCAUCCUGUAGAAUCUUCCUCUGCUCAUUAUGACAAGAUCUUGACCCACAGUCGGAUCAGGGCACGCGAACAAGGCCCAAAUGUCUGUGCUCUUCAGCAAGUGAUGGGAACCAACAAGAAAUACUUCAGCACAUGCAGAAACUGGUACCAGGGAGCCAUCUGUGGAAAGAAAGCAACUGUCUUGUAUGAAUGCUGCCCUGGCUACAUGAGGAUGGAAGGCGAGCGAGGAUGCCCUGCAGUUGCUCCCAUAGAUCAUGUCUACGGCACUUUGGGCAUAGUGGGAGCUACCUCCACUCAACGAUACUCUGACAUGUCAAAACUGAGAGAAGAGAUUGAAGGAGAUGGAUCUUACACAUUCUUUGCACCAAGCAAUGAAGCCUGGGAUCUCUUGGAUCGGGAAAUACACAGUGGCCUGAUUGAAAAUGUAAACAUUGAACUAUACAAUGCUCUCCAUAACCACAUGGUCAACAGGCGCAUGUUGACAAAGGAUCUUAAGAAUGGCAUCUCCCUCGUAUCUAUGUACAAUAACCAAAAACUGCAUAUAAAUCACUAUCCCAAUGGUGUUGUUACUGUUAACUGUGCCAGAAUCAUCCAUGGCAACCAGAUUGCUACAAAUGGCGUUGUUCACGUUGUUGACCGUGUGCUGACCCCUGUUGGAAAUACUAUUCAAGAUUUUCUUGAAGCGGAAGAUGAUCUCUCAUCUCUCAGAGCUGCUGCCUUUACAUCAGAUGUGAUGGACACUCUUGGGAAGCCUGGGCAUUACACACUUUUUGCUCCUACCAAUGAAGCUUUUGAGAAACUUCCACGUGGAGUGUUGGAAAGGAUCAUGGGUGACAGGGUGGCUUCUGAUGCUCUGAUAAAGUUCCAUAUUUUGAAUAGUCUUCAGUGUUCUGAAGCUAUCAUGGGCGGGGCCGUCUUUGAGACUUUGGAAGGGAAUACAAUUGAAAUUGGUUGUGAUGGUGAAAGCUUGACUAUCAAUGGAGUCAAAAUGGUAAACCGGAAAGAUAUUGUGACAAGCAAUGGUGUAAUUCAUCUCAUAGACCAAGUGCUGAUUCCUGACUCUGCUAAGCAAGUUAUUGAGCUUGCUGGUCCCCAACAAGCAACCUUCAAAGACUUGGUGGCUCAGCUUGGUUUGGCUUCAUCUCUUCGGCCAGAGGAAGAAUACACCCUAUUAGCUCCAAUGAAUGGGGCUUUUUCUGAUGAUACCCUAACUAUGGAUCAGCGGCUCCUAAAACUGAUCCUGCAGAAUCACAUUUUGAAAGUGAAAGUUGGUCUGAAUGAGCUCUACAAUGGACAGUUCUUGGAGACACUAGGAGGAAAGAAGCUCAGAGUAUUUGUGUAUCGUACAGCUGUGUGUAUUGAGAAUUCAUGCAUGAUCCGAGGAAGCAAAGAGGGAAGGAAUGGAUAUAUCCACAUUUUCAGGGAGUUAAUCAAACCAGCAGAAAAAACACUGCAUGAAAUGUUGAGAUCUGACAAGCGAUUCAGCACAUUCCUCAGUCUAGUGGAAGCUGCAGAUUUAGAAGAGGUUCUGUCCCAACCUGGUGACUGGACUAUGUUUGUCCCAACCAAUGAUGCCUUCAAAGGCUUGACUGAACAAGAGAAACGGACCCUGAUAAAGGACCCAAAUGCUCUCAGGAAUAUUCUGCUUUAUCACUUGACCCGAGGUGUUUUCCUUGGAAGUGGAUUUGAACCUGGUGUCACCAACAUUCUCAAAACUAUACAAGGAGGCAAACUGUACUUGAAAAUGGUAAAUGACAGUCUUCUGGUGAAUGAACUGAAGUCAAAAGAAUCUGAUCUCAUGGCAACUAAUGGUGUAAUUCAUGUCAUAGACAAGCUCUUAUAUCCUGCAGAUCUGCCUGUUGGAAGUGAUGAGCUCCUCACAAUUCUCAAAAAAUUGAUUAAGUACAUUCAGAUAAAGUAUGUCCGUGGUAGCACGUUCAAGGAGAUCCCACUAACAAUUUUCACCACCAAAAUUAUUACUAAAGUUGUGGAUCCCAAGAUUAAAGUAAUCGAGAGCAGCUUUGAGCCCAUCAUAAGAACAGAAGAAAGACCAAUUACAACAAUAAGAAGAGUGGAUGUUCGAAAAGAGAUUGAAGUGCCAUCCAUUACAAAGCUCACCAAAGUGAUUGAAGGGGAACCAGAAUUUAAGCUGGUCAGGGAAGGCGAGACAGUAACUAAAGUGAUUCACGGAGAGCCUAAAAUUAAAACAUACACGAAAAUAAUUGAUGGUCAUCCUGUGGAAGUGACCGAAAAAGAAGUGACUGAAGAAAGAAUUAUUCAAGGACCUGAAAUGAAAUAUACCCGAAUCACUACAGGCGGUGGGGAAGACACUGAUGAGACCCUCAAGAAAUUACUAGAAGAAGAGGUUACCAAGGUGACCAAACUCAUUGAAGGUGAUGGUCAUUUACUUGAAGAUGAAGAAAUCAAAAGACUCCUUCAGGGAGCUGGAUCUGAGUACACCAAGGUUACUAAAGUAAUUGAGAGGGAGCCACAGAUUAUCGAAACAGAAAUAAAGAAAAUCCAUCUGGAAGAAACAACUCCUGUAAGAAAAGUACAAACAUCCAGGAGGACACAAGGAAUACGGAGGAGAACAAGGCUUGUCCGUCCUCCAACAAAAAAACAAGGUCCACAGAAAGAGAACUGAAGAACUGCAGCUUUGAUAAAAACAUUGAUCAAACAAACAAACAAAAAGUCACAAGGGGAAAUGUUAUGCAGUAACUGAACCACAUGCUCCUAUUAACAAUUGGGCAUAGCAUUCCCUACCCCAUAAAAGCACAUGGGAGUACAUGUGGUAGUAAGCACUCUUCCUGAAAAUAUGCCUCUGGGUGAUAGGAUACUAAAGAGCAGGAAUUAACAAAAAAUGUAUCAAUUGUCUGUGAAUCGGAACUAAAUUAUAUAAUAAUUAAAUUGCAUCCUGCAUGGAAGUACAACUUUCAAGUGACAAAAUUUGAGCAAGUGUAAGCUAUGUAAACCAUGCACUUUUUUAUUUCAGAAAAAAAAACAAAAAUUCAGGACGUUGUCACUUUGGGAAGCUUUAUUAUGACACCAACAAGAUUACCUUAAUAAAUCAUAUUAAACUUUAUUCAAUGGCAUAGCAUCUUCAUUUUCAUCACUAUAUAAAAACAUUUGCCAGUAAACUUGGUAGAAUGAUCUUCCCUGUGCUCUUCAGAAACAACCAUCUCAAAAGAGAAGAGACCAUCUCAAUUCAAGAAUUGGAUUGGGUUGGCUGCGUGUUAUCUAAGGUUUUACACUAAAAGACAGUGAUGACAUCCAAAGCAGCCACCUGAGGAUGCAGCAGGGCUGUGUCCCCACUCCAAGAGAGUUGUGCAGCCCUCAGGGACAUAUUUUUGGGAGGCAAAGAACAUUCACAGGGACAGGGGAAAUCUCUCCUCCUCCCCCUGCACGCACACUCUGCUGUUCAGCAAGACUCCGAGUCAGGAGCAGCUGCUCUGCACAGGGACGUAGCCUUGCUGCAUCCCCAGAUGACUGCUCUGGAUGUCAGCCAGUUACUCUAAGCACAAUGGCUCCAUGCUAGAGAAUGUGGUUUGCCCUUUCCAUACAGCAUCCUUUUGUUUGCACAGAACCACUCCAGAAGGCUCAACCUCUAGCUGAAAUCUUGUGCUUUGUGGCAUGGCUACUAGUUCUUACUGAAACCAAUUGAAUUUCUAACAUAUGUAAGCCCCAAUGAAUUCCAUGUAUCUUUUUCAUAAGGCCUUGUGUUGAGCAGUCUAGAUUAAUCUAAACAUUUAAAAAUGAAUAUUGACUAUAUCCCCACUAUAGCAAUUGUGUACAAAAUGUGAUUACUAUAAGAGGUUUGUGAAAUAUUUGCCUUUAAAAAUCUUUGAAUCACUGAUUUCUAAAACCUAAUGGAUUGAGGAAAUGGAGGCACAAAUUAUUUCUCUCUAGGAACAAAUAGAAUAUAUCCAUUGGGACUUUGGAAACUUUAAUAUAAAAAUGCUUUGUGAAUUUAUAAUAUUAAUGUGGGUUUGUUUGUAAAUUAUCAUUUUUCUAAUUAGUUCUUUGCUUCUUCCAUAUUUGUACAUCAACUAUGCAAGAAUUCUUGCAAAGGGAGUAUCAAAAUUUCAAGUUCUACAGCAAUUUGUUUGAAAGAGUAUGGGGUGUGCCUUUGUAUUUCUGUUUUGAAACAAAUAUUCAUUAAAAAUUGGCUGAAUAUAA